AGUGUCCUUCCCCAGAGUUGUCCUACAUUCUUAAUGACAAUUCAUCAUGAUAGCGUUUUUCGGCUGACUAAAUGUGUUUCUAGGGUUUGUAAUGGAUCCAGAUGACUCAGUUGCUUCUGAAACUUAUUCCAUUGGUAUAGUCAGAGACCGCACGGAGGAACUCAGAAAUUGGGCUGAUGAGCCUGACGGUCCAGUGGCUGAUAUAGAGAUGGAGGGUGUAACUGGCAACUUUGAUGAUAUAAAACAGUUCGCUUCCAUGGUUGGAACCACUAUAGUAUCCACAGUUAUGGAUUUUGACAAGUCGUCGAUCGAAGUUUUCAGAGACAGCGUUACUGAAGUGAAAGACAAUAUUGAUAGCUUGAAGAGUCAGAUCAGAGAGCUGAAAGGAUUACAGGCACAUUUCAUCAACUCUCCCAAUCUGCAUUUCGGCGGACAGACGAGAGAAAGCGAAUUGAUAGAAAUGAAGUGUGAUGAAAUCAAACAAGUUUCCAAUGCAAUAAAAGCGUCCAUACGACUGCUUCAGAAAGAAAUCGAAGAUGCGAAGAGACGUGGGGAGGAGAUGAACGGGACAGAAAUGCGGGAGAGACGGACUCUGAGUCGCAGCAUGACGAAACUGAUGUUGGAGGUGACGAGUGACUACUACGAGUCUCAGUUGCAAUACAAGGAGAAAGUGAAGAGCAAGAUCCAGAGACAGCUGGAGUUGGCAGACCAGGGCUUCACUGCAGAGGAGAUUGAACGCAUGUAUGAGGCCAACAUGAAUGUAUACUCACAGGUGGCCGAGAACCUCUACCUAUCGAUGACUUUAGAAGAAGCACAUGCAGCUAAGGGCAAAGCGGACGAUAGGCACGAGGGAAUGGAGAAACUUAUGAAGGCGCUGAAUGAGCUGUACGAGCUGUUUGCCGACCUCGCUCUCUGGGUGGAGGACCAGUCGGAACUCCUGGACAGUGUCGAGGUACACAUCGAGAACUCGGUGGACUAUGUUCGCAAGGCAACCAAAGAUACCAGACAAGCAGUACUGUAUGCGAGAGCGGCCAGACGGAAACAAGUGAUGAUAGCCAUUCUGGUAGCAGUUCUACUUGGAGGUGGAAUAGCUUUUGCCCUCUACUAUAUGGAAAGCAAAGGAAUCAUCUCAUUCUGAAUUUCUGUCGUCUUAUUAUGUAGUUACAUUUUCAAUUCAAUUCAAUUUUUGAUAGA